UCGAAUAAUGCUCUUAUAUUCUUUCCAUUUAUUUUCAUUAAUAUUACCGGUAAAAUAUGAUUUUGACUAUUUGAAAAAUUUUCAGUUGAAUACAUAAAUGAUAUAUUUGAUUCCCAGCUUGGAUUGCUUAUAAAAGAUUUAUUAUUUUUAUUUAUAAAAAUUUCUCCGGUUUUUAAUGGGAUGCUACCAAUUUGUUUGCAUAUUAUUUUAAUAGUGUCAUAGCCUAAUAUAAAAUUAAAUGCUGAAGUAUUUUCAUCUGUUAUCCAAACGAGAAUCUCGCCAGUAAAAAGACCUACUUCUAUUUUCACUGAAACACAUCCUUCGAUAUUGACUGGAUUAUUUUUUUCUAUUGGAGAAUAUAUUUUGGGUGUAUUUUUAUAAAAUACUUUUUUGGCUUUAAUCUCUUUUGCAAAUGCUCUGGAACAGAGUGUUAUUUCUGCUCCUGAGUCAAAUAAUGCUUCAUAAGUCUUAUUAUUUACAAUUAUAUUUAUUAAAGGCAGACGUGUUUUUGUUAUUGUUAAUUCUGGUAACAUUUUUUCAAAACUCGGGCUAUUUAUUUGAAUCCAAUUUUUAA